AUGCGCGGCCAAGGCGUUAAAUUAGAAAAGCCUAGAAAAGACUUCAACGCACGCCAGCAAAACAAAUCGCGCGACAUAGAAACCGAUCGUAUUGCAUCGCGCGACCUUCGGCCGGCUGUGCAGUUCACGGCGCGAUCUCCUGCCGUCCACACAAAUCAGCUGGGCGACAGCACUCCCACGCAAAACAUUGAAAUUCAACACGCACUCACCGCAAACACGGCCGUCCCGGCGAUGAAACCG